AUGAUCACCGACAUGCAACUGGCAGUGUUCUCCAACUUUGUGGGAGUUUCUAUAUUCUUAUUAGUAAUUCUAUACCACUACAUCAAUGUCAACAGCAAGUAA